AUGGAAGAACAGCAGCCGGAGCCUAAAAGUCAGCGCGACUCGGGCCUCGGCGCGGUGGCGGCAGCGGCGGCGGUAGUGGCGGUGGCGGCCCCGGGCGGCCUCAGCCUGAAUCUUAGCCCAGGAGCCAGCGGCAGCAGCGGCAGCGAUGGAGACAGCGUGCCGGUGUCCCCGCAGCCCGCGCCCCCGUCGCCGCCGGCGGCGCCCUGCCUGCCGCCCCUAGCCCAUCACCCGCACCUCCCCCCGCACCCCCCGCCCCGCCCCCCGCCCCCGCCGCCGCCGCCACCGCCGCCUCCACCGCAGCAUCUCGCGGCGCCUCCUCACCAGCCACAGCCCGCGGCCCAGCUGCACCGCACCACCAACUUUUUCAUCGAUAACAUCCUAAGGCCCGAUUUCGGUUGCAAAAAGGAACAGCCCCUGCCUCAGCUCCUGGUGGCGGCAGCUGCAGCCGGAGGAGGUUCCGGAGGAGGAGGAAGCCGCGUGGAGCGUGACCGAGGCCAGACUGGUGCAGGUAGAGACCCUGUCCACUCGCUGGGCACGCGAGCUUCGGGCGCUGCCUCGCUCUUAUGCGCCCCAGAUGCGAACUGUGGCCCGCCCGACGGCUCCCAGCCCGCGACCGCCGUCAGCGCGGGAGCAUCCAAAACCGGUAACCCGGCUGCUGCUGCGGCGGCGGCGGCGGCGGCUGCAGCGGCGGUGGCGGCGGCGGCGGCAGCAGCUUCGAAGCCUUCGGACAGCAGCGGCGGCAGUGGAGGCAGCGUAGGGAGUCCCGGGGCGCAGGGCGCCAAGUUCCCGGAACACAACCCGGCGAUCCUACUCAUGGGCUCCGCUAACGGUGGGCCGGUGGUCAAGACUGACUCGCAACAGCCCCUAGUUUGGCCCGCCUGGGUCUACUGCACACGCUACUCGGACCGUCCGUCUUCUGGUCCACGCACCAGGAAGCUAAAGAAGAAAAAGAACGAGAAGGAAGACAAGCGGCCUCGGACGGCGUUCACGGCCGAGCAGCUGCAGAGACUCAAGGCGGAGUUCCAGGCAAACCGCUACAUCACGGAGCAGCGGCGACAGACCUUGGCCCAGGAGCUCAGCCUGAACGAGUCCCAGAUCAAGAUCUGGUUCCAAAACAAGCGUGCUAAGAUCAAGAAAGCCACGGGUAUCAAGAAUGGCCUGGCGCUGCACCUUAUGGCCCAAGGACUGUACAACCAUUCUACCACCACGGUCCAGGACAAAGACGAAAGCGAGUAGUUGUGGCCAGCCCGGGGCCCGCGGUCCAACCGCGCCCGUGCCACCUCCUGGCUCCGCGGGGCUGCCGCUUCACCAGCCCCACGCCGCCAGGCAGAGACGAUCGCUAAGAAGGGAAACAUCAACCAUUAACCGGAAAGAAAGAGAAAGCAAGCGAGAGAAAGCAAUCCUCCGAGUGGACAUUCACAUUGGAAUGGAACGGAUUUUGAAACGGGAGAAAAACUCGGACAGGUGCUAUGGGGGAAAAAAGAUCUAUUCUCUAACUCACAGUAUAAGACGAAACUGCGAAUUCCUUAAAGCUCUAUCUAGCCAAACUGCUUACGACCGUGUAUAUAUUUAAUUUCAGGUAAGGAAAACAAAUAUGUGUAGCGAUCUCUAUUUGCUGGACAUUUUUAUUAAUCUCAUUUAUUAUUAUUGUUAUAAUUAUUAUAAUUAUUAUAAUUAUUUUAUCCCCUAUCCCCACUUGCUGCCCCCAGCCCAGUUUCGUUUUCGUUGCUUUUAUCUUUUGAAUGUUUUUGCUUCUCUGGGUACCUCCCGUCCCCCAACGCUGGCCCUGGUUUCUCUGGGACUUUUCUUUGUGUGCGUGUGAGUGUGUCUCCUUGUGUGUCUGCCCUUCACCUCUCCUCUACCCACCCAGGAUUCUUUCACUGGUCUUGUCUGUCCUCCUAAACCCAUUUCCUUUU